ACCUUGCCCUUCCCAUAGGGAUUAGCUUCGCUCCCCUCUUUCGGAUGAAGAACCCAAUCCUUGUGGCCUGCCCCCGUACCAAUGACCGCCCCAUCACCACCAUUUCGCCGGCCAUGGAUCCCGAUAUCUGGAGCCGGCUGCCAAAGGAGCUCCUCGAGCAAAUCCUCUCUUUUCUUCCGCUCAAAACCUUAUGGAAUCUGAGAUCCACCUGUAAGCAUUUCAAGUCCCUGGUAUUCUCUCUCCCAUUCAUAUCUAAGCACUCCCCUUCUUCUUCUUCGUCGCCUUCGCCUUUCUCAUCUUUUGUCUUGCUCCAUCACCCUCAGUGUAACCACCGCUUCCCUUUGUAUGACUCUGCCCUUGGCACCUGGCGCGACUCGGCUCUCUCCCUCUCUGACUUUCUACCCUGCAAAUCACCCUCUUUUUCUCUCCUCUCCAUCUCCAAUGGACUAUUUUGCUUCUCUCUCCCCAGGUCAUCCUCUUUUCUUGUGUGCAAUCUCUUGGCCAGAACCUCAAGACUCAUCGAGUUCCCGUCCUACCCUUUUGCUUAUGAGCUGUUCACGCUGGUUUCUACACCUGUUGGGUACAAGCUUUUCAUGCUCUCUACCGGAUCCACUUCCACUUCCGCUUUUGUUUAUGAUUCGAGCGUUCUCUCUUGGAGGCAAUUCCGCGGUUUUGAUCAGAUUCUGAGCAGCAAUUAUCAGCGGGAGGGCGUUUGCUUUAAUGGGUGUUUGUACUUUCUGACCCCAGAGCCAUUUUCUCUCGUGACCUUUGAUUUGGAGACUGGGAAAUGGAAGAGGUCUGAUACCGAAUUGCCGGGCGAGCUCACGUUUGGCCGGUUGUUGAACGAUGAAGAAGGGACAUUGUAUAUGAUUGGUGGAACUGGGAGAGAUGGGAUUUCAAGGAGCAUGAAGUUGUGGGAAUUAAAUGGAGCAAGGGAUUGGGUAGAGGUGGAAAGCUUGCCCGAGAUGAUUUGUAGGAAAUUCGUGUCGGUUUGCUACCACAAUUACGAGCAUGUUUACUGCUUUUGGCAUCGGGGAAUGAUCUGCGUUUGCUGCUAUACAUGGCCGGAGAUUCUGUAUUACAAGGUGUCAAAGAAGACUUGGCAUUGGCUGCCCAAAUGCCCUUAUGUGCCUGAUAAAUGGAGCUCUGGCUUCAAGUGGUUUUCCUUUGUUCCUGCGUUGUAUGCUUCAGUUUGAAGUCAUUUCUGGCUAUUAAUUUCUGGUGCCUGCGUUCCUGAAUUUCUAAGAUUGCUCUUCUAUCUCUCGUUUUUUGUCUUUGUAAAUAGAACUUAAUAUACUGUCGAUGGAGUUAUGACCUCUCGACUUGGUUAA